UGUUAUCUAUCUAUGUAUUAUGUAUUUCAUUUUAGUAGUUACAAGUUACAAGUGUCAGUAUUUCGAGGGAGGACUGAGUGUCGUAUAGGAUAGACAUGGAGGUAAUUGAAAGGUGUUAUAGUGCGAUCUGAAUAAAAUUUAAGAUUUUUUGACUGUCAUUUAAUUAAUAUAAAAGUGACUAUUGCAGAAAUCAACAGAUUUAAAUUCGACAUAAUUAAAUCGUACAUGAUAACAUGAUAAAGCAAUGUUACUAAUGCUUUACGAUAUCGCAGUUGUUCAUCGUGAACCAUUUAAUACACCACUUCGUAUUAAUCUGUUAUCAAUUUUAUAAAUAUACUAAUGAAAUAUAACGAUGUUUUGUGUGAAUCACUUGUGAAUAGUUAACCAUUUUCAAGAUUGGUGUAAUGGUUGUCAAAGCGUUAGACGGUUUAUUUUUGAUACCGAAAUUUCUCACCAACAAGAUCCUGAUUUAUUGACACAGGUGAAAAAGAAGUAAAAAUGACGGAAAGUUUGAUAAAUGAAUGGCUGACAGAUUGUGCAGAUGUCUCGUCAUCGGAACUUCAUACUUUUGCUACUACUCUGUCACAGGACAAUGAAAUAGUCAGAGCACUUUAUGUUCUUUUAGAAGAACGUAGUAAAUAUAGUCAGUUAGUGGAUACCGUAUGUGAUCAGUUAUACAAUUUCUAUCGUUCUCGGGAAACAGAAUUACAAAGGUUUACCUUGCAGUUCUUGCCCACUUUAAUAUAUAUCUAUUUGAAUUCUGCAGCUCAUGGUGAUAUCAAGAACUGUAGAUCUGUAGAAACAUUAUUAAUUGGGUUGUAUAAUCUGGAAAUAAUGGAUAAAUCUGGACAGUCAAAAGCAAUUUCUUUUAGAUUGCCAUCACUUGCCAUGCUUUCUGUAUAUCAUGAGCCUGCAAGUUUAGCACCUGCUUCUUUAACGGAGAGUGCAGUGCGUAGAUUUGAAGAAUGCAAUACAAAACUUGUUAGUUGGGGCCCACUGCAACAAGUUGAAACACUAACUGCUCAGAAUAGACUAAAGGUUAUGACUGCUCUUCUUUUUAUUUACAAUCAACAGCUGGGCUACAUAAGUAAAUUUGCCUUGGAACAGUUAUGCAAAGUUGCUACAAAACUUGUUACUCAAGGAUUUAUGAAACCAGGGCACCACCAACGUUCUUCAUACGGAAGUGAAUCUAGUUUUGUCCCAAGACUUCUACCUCGUAUACCUGUAUCCAGUCAAUUUCUUCUUGAAUUUUUGCAUGCUGUAUAUUUUGCUAUGUAUAAUGAUUGCUGGUACAUAGGAACUCAAGCAGUAGAAGACAUUCAUAAUCGGGCAUGCUAUGAGACAUAUCCAGAUGUUAUGCUAGUCACAAAUGCCAUACGCAAUUCUGCUAGCAGUGGUCCAUCUGGUCAACCUACCGAUGGACCAAUCGGUAUUAGUGUGGCAUUAUCACCAGCAACCGCCACCGCCACGGUGUCUAAAUCCAUGAUUACGAACGCUUCUUUCCGGGCUAAAAAAUUGCCAGAUGAUAUUCCAAUUCAAGAAACAAAGGAGGAUUCUGGAGGAGAGGGUAAAAGUAAUCUUGUUUCCAUCACUGAAGAAGAAUCCGCAGAAGAAAGUAGAGUUGGUUCAAUAAGACAAUCGAAGGUUCAAAAGACUGCAUCAAAGAUUAUAAAUUCUUUCGUGCGUGAAAAAAAGCGUCGAGAAAGGGACGAUAAAAUAAUUAUGAAUGUUCAUGUUGAUCCACCUGAAGGAUCUCAGACAACAUUAAAGGAAAGUAUUAAAGAUUCAAUGUUAAAUAGCGAUUCAACAGAAAUUAAUGGAAAUGUUAACGAAUGUUUAAUCAAAAAGAAAAAAAAGAAUAAUCCAGGAAAAUCGUUCAAUUUAGCAGUGUACACUAACAUUUCUUUAAUUGAUGGCGAACGUCUUGCAUUAGGUGAAGAUGUAGAUAACACUGAUAUGGAAGCUCCUAUUACCUUAAGUACACGUAAUGAAACAGACUGAUUGACUUCGUCUAUUCAGGUCAGUUCUGUUUAAGUUACUAAGAACAAAUUUGUAGAGCAAACAAAACUAUUAGUAGUGGGCUACACUGAACAAGUAAUCUGGAAAAACUAAUUAUUUUCAUUUAGCUUUAAUUUACAGUUGUAUAUACCUGUUUCUUCUUUUAUUACUGAGAUAUCAAUUCCAAUGAGAAUUAAAAGAGAAAAUUGAAAGGAUUUUAUACUCACAGUCGCUGUAAAAGUAGUCCAUUACUAUACUGAUCUCCAUAAUUAGUUCAAAGAUUCUAAAAGAUAUAAUGGGGAAGGGAACAAUAAACUAAUAAUGUAUAUUUUCUUUUUAUAGAAAUACACUAAUGUAGAUUGAAAAUUUAAGUUAACUAUCUUUAUAAUAUGCUUUCAAUGUAUCAGUCAGUUUUAUAUUUUUUAAAUAUUUUUAUUUAUAAUUAUUCUAUGAUUUUAAAUAUUAAAAAAUUUUGCUCUUUACAUAAAAUAAAUUAUUGACUAAUUCAACGUUUUAACAUCUGAUUCGAAAUAGAUAUAUUUUCAAAUUGAAAACAUGUACUUAUAUACAUUUUUCUGAACUAAUUCAUUAUUAAAUUG